CUACCACUCCACUUCACUCCAGUUAGCUCCACUCUACCACACCCGUCUUCCCUACCACACCUCCCCACUCUACCGCUUUUCUCCUCUCCAUUCUUGACCUCGGCAUUCGCUCUCACCGAUUCGCUCUCCUCAUUCCUCUCAUUCCUCUCAUUCCUCAUCUUCAAAAAAUGUCUGCACAGUCCUCCCCUACACCUCUCGGCGUCGUCAGUUCCAGACCCAUCCCAGUGAUCACACCCGCAAAAGUUCUGCCCCUGGUAGAGGACAAGAGCAACCAGAAAAAGUUCCAUGGCUUCAUCGCCGGAGUGUUCUCGGGUGUGACCAAGCUGGUGGUCGGACACCCCUUUGACACUAUCAAAGUGCGCAUGCAGACCUCAGGGCCCGAGCAGUUCAAAGGUUCUUUGCAUUGUCUCAUGGAAACCCUCAAGAAAGAGGGGCCUCGUGCUCUUUACAAAGGCGCCACGCCACCUCUGGUCGGCUGGGCAUUCAUGGACAGUCUCAUGCUGGGAUCACUGUCCAACUACCGAUUGCUGCUACAGGGCGGGGACCACAAUGUCAAGUUGACCCCAUUUUGGAGCGGUAUUGCCGGCAUUGGCGCCGGUAUCACCGUAUCCUUCAUUGCGGCCCCAAUUGAGCAUAUCAAGGCGCGACUCCAGGUCCAAUACGGUAGCUCCACAAAGCUCUAUGACGGACCAAUUGAUUGCGCACGACAACUGAUCCGGAACAAUGGGAUCACUGGACUUUGGAAAGGAUUGGUGGGAACGCUCUGGUUCCGGAGCUGGUUUUUCGUGUGGUGGGGCAGCUACGAGAUAUACGCCGAUCAAAUGCGUAAGAGGACAAACAUGUCAGAGGCCGCGAUUAACUUUUGGGCAGGAGGACUCGGCGCGAACACUUUCUGGAUCUGUUCCUUCCCAUGUGAUGUGGUCAAGAACAAGAUUAUGACGCAGCCGGAUGUUAAAAAUCCACCCUUUCCGACCCUGAUCAGCUGCUUCAAGCAUGUAUACAGGACAGACGGUCUCAAAGGCUUCUACCGAGGCUUCCUUCCAUGUUUCCUUCGUGCAUUCCCAACGAACGCUUGUGCACUCACCUCCUUUGAGCUGACCAUGCGCUGGCUCAGGAAGGUCGAUGAAUAAAAGCACCCCAGGCGGCUUACAUGCUGACUUAUACCCCUUUCAGCUCGAGGCAGAUCCAGAGACACAUACAAUGUAUAUAGAUGGUAGUAGCGCUUUUAUUCAUACAAAAUAUAUAAUAGGCAACG